AUGGCCAUGGGCCAUUUCGGACCCGUUGGCAACAUCCUUGGACAUGAGGGAGUUGGCCGCAUUGCAGCCUUGGGUUCCAACGUCGCUGCUCUUGAUCAAUCAGUUCAAGUUGGACAACGAGUGGGAGUAGCUUGGAUUCGCGAUAUCUGUGGCACUUGCGAGUCUUGCGUUGAUCUCGUAAAUGAGGGCGAAACACGAUGCGACAAAGCGCUUCACUCGGGCAAAGCCUACGAUGGCACGUUCGCUCAAUACACCCUUGUGCCACUUCGUUACUUGGCCCAGCUUCCACCGCAACUUGAUGAGUUACCCGACGAAGAGAUAGCUCCGAUUUUGUGUGGUGGUGUAACCGCCUACAAGGCUAUCAAGGGGUGCCAUGUCACUCCAGGUCAAUGGUUCGCUAUCUCAGGAGCGGGUGGUGGCGUCGGCGCUCUGGCAGUAGCUUAUGCUCACGCCAUGGGUUAUCGUGUGAUUGCCGUAGACGCCGGCCCUGAAAAGGGUGAGAUUUGCAGAGCUCAGGGAGCUGAGCAUUAUAUCGACGUCACGAUGCCAGGAACACUGGGUGAGAAGGUGAGGCAGGCGACAGGAGGCCACGGCGCAAAAGCUGUGGUUGUCACAGCUACGGCAACAGUCGCGUAUCAAGAGGCAUUCCAGCUGUUGGCACCAUUUGGUACGCUGAUGUGUGUGGGAAUUUUAUCAGCCGAGGCCAGGGUCGACUUCAACCCCCUGUGGCUCAUUGCUCAUGGGUGGAAAAUACUAAGUUCAUCUGUUGGAACUCGAGCGGAUAUACUUGAGGCUUUGGAGUUUGUGAGACGUCGUGCCGUUGUGCCAAAGGUCCAGUUGGGACGGCUCCAAGACAUUGAGGAACUGUUUCAAACUAUGCACGCAGGUCAGCUCCGGGGCAAGUGGGUAUUGAAGCUGGAUUAG